UCCCGGGAUGGCGAUUUUGGAGACUCGGUUUUUAUUCGGUUUUAAUCGGUUUUCAAAUGUUUAUGGGGAUAUGGGGAUUUUAAAAGUAAAAUAAAAUAGCACAUUUCCGUUAGAUAUCACUCCUUUAAUUGUUGGUUUUAGUCAGAAGUUAACUCGUUUGCCUUCAUUUCAGAUGCCGCCGAGGAGAGCUACCCGUGCUCAGAUCGCUAGAGAUGCUAGAGAGGCUCAGGAUGAGCAUGUUCAGCCCGCAGUUCCGCAGCCCGUUGCUCCGCAGAUUGAUCAGGAUCAUGAGACAGAUGAUUCAGGAGUCAGUUCAGCAGAUUGCCCAAGAGGCAGCCAGGCAAGCCGCUCAGGAGGCUGCCCGGGUAGCUGCUCAGGAGGUUGCUCGACAGAUGGCUGCAGCUCAGCAGGUUCCGCAGGGUCCUCAGAUUCAUGUGCAGCAGGGUCCGCAGAUUCAUAUGCAGCAAGUUCCGCUAGUUCAGGUCCAGCAUGAUCAUCAGGUUCCAGCUCAGCAGGCCCCAGCGCCACAGUAUCCGCAGGUUCCUAUUCAGCCAGUUCCAGGUGUCUUUCAUGUUCCGCCGCCGCCACCCGUCAUUCCAGUGCAUGUACCCGAGGUUGAUGAGACAUUUAUCAGGGUGUUGUCACAGAUGAAGUAUGUGAACUUGGAGCAUUUCAGUGGUACCACGGACCCUACACUUGCUCACGAUUGGAGGCACAGUUUGGAUAAGUGUUUGAACACUAUCUCAUGCCCACCAAGGCACAAGCUUAGGAUUGCUGAGUUGUAUUUACGCGGAGAUGCAGCAGUAUGGUGGGAUGGAGUGCGAGUGAUGCACCGUGGCGAGAUGACUUUUGAUGAUUUCAUGUAUGCAUUCAACAAGAAGUAUUUUCCAAGAGAAGCUUUGGAUGAGAAGAAGAACGAUUUUGAGAGUUUGAGGCAGGGUGGAAAGUCUGUGAGAGAGUAUGAGCACGAGUUUCGCCAGCUUCACCGAUUUGCGGGUAAUGGUAUGGAUGAGGAGGAUCUGAUCAGGAGGUUCUUAAAGGGGAUGCGAGUGGAACUUCGCGGUAGGUGCAGUAUGGCCACCUAUACCAGUUUGGAGGAUCUGGUAGAGAAAACAGUUGUGCAGGAGAAAUGUAUGGCAGAGGAGCAGAAGUACUCCAGGGCAGUUCAGCCUAAGUCCGGAGGAUCUUCUUCCUCUCAGAAGAGGACUUGGGAGCAGACCGGGACACCUCGUUGUGGGCGUUGUCGUCGCCAUCAUUUUGGAGAAUGUUUCCAGUGUUCUAACUGUGGUCUGUUGGGACAUCUUUUGAGGGAUUGUUGGAGGCCUCCGCGCGCUCAGGUUGGAGCGCCAACAGCACCAGUAGCCGCUAACAGGAACUGUUACGGGUGUAACCAGCCAGGUCACAUAUUCAGAGAUUGUCCGAGGAGGGGCAAUGCAGCACUUCCGCCGCCACCAAAGCGUUUAGCCAUCGCUCCACGUGUGUUUACGGUUGGAGAAGCAGAGGGAGCCGAGCCGAUAGCGGGAUUGGUUUCGGUUGGAGGUGAGCCCGCUCACACCUUAUUUGACACGGGAGCUUCUCACAGUUUUGUGACUCCGCGCUUUGCUAAGUGUUGGUCUUUUCGAGGAGUCUUCGUGCAGAAGGCUAAGCAGAUUCAGACUGCCGGUUCAGAGAAGUUGGGAGCAAUCGGUAUUCAUCACGACGUACCAGUUACACUUGGAGGAGUUGAGUUUCUCGGAGACUUGACAGAGAUGGAGCUGAGUUUCUACGAUGUCAUACUUGGGAUGGAUUGGCUAUCACGACAUAGAGUUGUAUUAGAUUGCCCGGAUGCAAGAGUUAAUAUCCCUAGAGCUGAAGGGAAUAUCGUUUUCCAGGGGACUCGGGCACACCAGGGAAUUUCUAUUGUUUCCAUGUUGCGUGCAGAGGAAUUGUUGGAGAAUGGAGCAGAGGGAUUUUUGGCGACCAUUUCGAUGGACAAGGAUGAUGAUCAGCUCGAGCUACAGGAUAUUCCAGUGGUUGCCGAGUAUGCAGAUGUUUUUGAGGCUUUAAAGGGGCCACCACCAGCUAGAAGUGACGUUCUUGCAAUUGAGGUGGAACCAGGGGCAGCACCAGUUUCACGAGCUCCUUACCGUUUAGCUCCCGCAGAGAUGGCUGAGUUGAAGAAGCAGUUGGAGGAGCUAUCAGAUAAGGGGUUUAUCAGGCCGAGUACUUCACCGUGGGGAGCACCAGUUUUGUUUGUGAAGAAAAAGAUGGAAGUUUCAGGCUUUGUAUCGACUACAGAGGUUUGA